AUGGCCACCUCUACCUACGUCCUUUACAAUUAUACACCUAGUCUGGUGGGUGCAGUAAUCUUUGCUGCGCUUUUCGUUCUGUCGACUGCUUUCCACCUUUAUCAACGGAUAAGAAGUCAUGCGAAAUACUUCAAUCCAUUCAUUGUUGGAGGAAUAUUCCAAAUAAUAGGCUAUAUCGCUCGUGCUGCCGCUCAUUUCAACAAAACAUCAGUAAUCCUCUACGCACUUCAGCAACUCUUGAUUUUGCUGGCACCAAUUCUUUACGCGGCCUCCAUUUACAUGGUUCUCGGAAGAAUUAUCACCUUCCUCCGCGGCGAACAUCUGAGCUAUGUGCCUGUCCGUCUUAUGACUAAGAUUUUUGUGGGUGGAGAUGUUCUCUCUUUCAUCCUCCAGGGCGCAGGUGGCGGUAUAAUGAGCAGUGGGUCUGAAAAGAGCUUAUCCAUCGGCCAGUGGGUUAUCAUCGCGGGUCUCUGUGUCCAACUUCUUUUCUUCGGUUCCUUUGUGAUAUCAUCCGGUCUCUUCCACAUGAGAAUUCUCCAGUCACCCACGGAACAGUCGGAGCGAACAAAGCAUCUCCAAAGAUCUAUCCUGCCCAGAAACUGGCCCGGUCUUCUCUUUGCAUGCUACGCUGUUAGUCUGUUGAUUGUGGUUCGAUCCGCCUAUCGUCUUAUCGAAUUCGCUCAAGGAAACAAUGGUUACGUUAUCAGCCACGAGGUUUUCUUGUACGCUUUUGAUGCUGCCAUGAUGUUCUUGGUUAUGGUGAUCAUGAACGUCUUCCAUCCCUCUGUUGUUUUGCAGAGUGACGCAACUGCCAACUCUAGUCCAGCCGAGAGCUCUGUUGAUCGGUCGAAGGAGCGGGUCUAG